AUGGAGAAAUCCCCAGAAUCAUUGGCGCAAGAGAUUGCAAGUAUGAGAGAGCAAUUGAGUAAAGUCAGUGAAGCAAUUGAUACCUAUGAAUCAGUAGCCACUCGAAAUCUCGCCAAAAAGGAUAUUCAAUCCAAAGGAGAGAUCAGCCAAAAGCAUGUAGAGCUUUUCAUGGAAACGGAUAGGCUGGUGAGGAAAGCAAGGGGUCCGGUGGAUAUGGUAUUUUCCAAUUUUGAAAACUCAGUACAUUCAGGAACUUUGAGAGCAGUCUUGGAAAUGGGUGUAUUUGAUGCUUUACCCACCGAUGGUUCAUCAUCUAGUGCUACAGCAUUAGCGGAGAAACUCGGCGUAGAGAAAGAACUGCUGGUUCGAUUCAUGCGAGUCCUUACGGCCGUUGGAACAUUUGCGGAGACAGGGGAAGAGGAAUAUGCUCAUACACCAUACUCCAUGGUGUAUAUGGCCCCAGAGCUCAGGGGAAUAUUCAAAUUAAUGUUUGAUGAAUACAACCUCGCCAACGCUCGAAUGUACGAGUUUUUCCGCGAAAAUGGCUUCAAAAGUCCAGAAGAUCACCUCCUAAAUCCAUAUUGCUUCGCGCACCAAACUGGGGAGAGAAAUAUGUGGGAGCAUAUUGGCGCGUUCCCAGAGCGAUUCCAAAACCUGAAUUUGGCCAUGAUCGCCCAGACCGUAGCCACCAAUUGGACGGUUGGAAUAUUUCCAUUCAAAGAUGAAUUGAAAGAGAUUGAAUCCAACGAUGAGACUGUGCUAGUCGUCGAUAUAGGUGGCGGCAGUGGACACGUGACGAAGCAAAUCAUGAAGUUCGUAAAAGGAAUUCCAGGAAAAGUGGUACUACAAGAACGAGAUGAGUUGAUCGAUGCAAUUGGUCAUACAAUUCCCGAAGUUACGACCAUGAAGUAUGAUUUCUUCACACCUCAACCUAUAAAAGGAGCUCCAAUAUAUUACAUCCGUCGAUGCCUGCAUGACUGGCCAGAUGUUGAUUGUGUUCGCAUCCUAAAAGUCAUUGCCGAUGCAAUGACACCCGAGAUUUCAAGACUGGUAAUCUCGGAGAUCGUUCUUCCACCAAUUGCCGCCGAUGUCGAAGCUGGUUGGAUGGAUUUGACGAUGAUGACGCUGAGCGGACGUGAGAGAACGAAAAAGCAGUGGGUAAACUUGCUCACUCUAUCGAGAUUAAAGCUCCGAAAAAUUCAUCAUGGUGCCGGGACAAAUUAUGCUGCAGUCGAGGCAGUUUUGGCGUAA